GGCGCAUUAAGAAUAAUUGGCAAAAAAAACUCCAAAUAUAUAAAAGGAUAACAUAGCAGGCUCAGGCUCAACAACUUUUCCAUUAACCUUCUGUUAACAAAGAUACUGUAGAGUUAGGUUGUUGUGUUUUUGGGGGUGGAAACCUUUUAAUUAAAUGUCAGCUGGAAUCUGACAAACAAGAAAAAUAUAAAAAUCAUUCGAAAUUCAAUACUCGAUAUAAAGGAGGCGAGUGUUUUCACCCACCACAUACACAUAAACGCAGGCUAUUGCAAUUGUGGACUUUCAUUACAUAAAUAUCAAAGGCAAACAAAAGAGGUGACCAAGGAUACUAGUAUUGUUUUAUGUACAACAACGAGCCCCUAAAACUAUAGCGUCCAUUAUUAGUGUUAUUUAUUCGAUACAAACAAGCGGAAAGGUCUUGACUUGGUUAUAGAUAUACAUACAGACAUGGAGCGCCCUUCUACAAAGGCUAAUGCUGCAGCUGCUGGUGUUGUAACGGGUACUGGACGCAAGAAAUCUGGCCCCAAAUUCGAAUUAUCCGACGCCCAAAAGGCAGACAUCAAAGAGGCCUUUGAUUUGUUCGAUGUAGAUUGCACCGGCUUCAUAGAAGUCAAAGAACUGAAAGUGGCCAUUAGAGCUUUGGGCUUUGAGCCCAAAAAAGAAGAAAUUAAACGCAUGAUUGCCGAAAUCGAUGGCAAAGAUGGCCGCAUCAGUUUUAAUGACUUUCUUCAUUUGAUGACCAUGAAAAUGGCCGAAAAGGAUAGCAAAGAGGAAAUAUUAAAGGCUUUUCGUUUGUUCGAUGAUGAUGAUACGGGUAAGAUAUCAUUUAAAAAUCUUAAAAGAGUAGCCAGAGAGCUGGGCGAGACUUUAACGGAUGAGGAAUUGCGUGAAAUGAUUGAUGAAGCUGAUCUAGAUAACGAUGGUGAAGUUAAUCAGGAUGAGUUCUUGAGAAUCAUGAAAAAAACUAGUCUCUAUUAAAGCUUAGUUUAAAUUUUUAUUAUUUAUGAGUAUAUAUAUCUUAAAGAAGAGCUGUUUCGGUAA